AUGAAGAAGUUUCGCUUGUCCUUUAGGCGCAAGAAAGAGAAAAGGGAUUAUGUCAAUGAUACUACUGAAGACAACGAGGAGAGCGAGGAAGAUGGUCUUUCGAGAGCCAAGAACAGGACAAUCUCAUCGGCUAUGCCAGCUGCCACGCAAAACAAUUUCGUCAGGACAAUAAGAAAUUCCUUCAGACGGAAGAAAAAGCAAGACCUUUCGAAAGACUUCGAAACAGACCAAAAUGAAAAUGUUGAGCAAAACAUUCCUCGCGAUCCAAAACAGACGAUAAAAUCCAACGAUGCCAACAAUGAGUUCAACGUCAAAUCUGGAAUGGCCAAUUACAAGUGCAAGUUUUUGGGGAAGAAAGAAGUUGGCGGCAAAAGCGGAAUAACCUACACCGACGAAGCGCUGACUUAUUACAAAGCCAUCCGAGCGAAGAAAAAGCCACGCGUGAUCAUCCAAGUCUCUCCCGAAGUCAUUCGCGUCGUCUCGGCCAAGGAUCAGACGCUUCUCUUCGACCAGGCAGUCGACAAGAUCUCUUUCUGUGCGCCCAGCAACACGCACCCGGAUGCUUUUAGGAAAGGAAAAGACAACCAUAUUUGA